UUAUUUUGUAAGUUAUUCACUCUUGCGCUUCUGCACAAGACGCACUGUAAAUAUGUUUAAAGUUAUAAAAGAUGCCGGUAUUAGGUGUAAGGUUAAUAAUUAUUUAAAAAGUUUUAGGGUCGAGAAGAAGUUUGCGAGUACCGAUGUAGUGAGUUCUGCCGAUGUCGUUAUUAUUGGUGGUGGUAUAGCGGGCUGCAACACCCUGUACCAGCUCAGCAAGCGCGGCGUCAACGCGGUGCUGUUGGAGAGACACAAGCUGACCAGCGGGACAACUUGGCAUACUGCUGGUCUAGUAUGGUCGCUCCGACCGUGUGACCUUGAAGUGCGUCUGCUGCAGGACUCCAGAGAUGUGUACAGCAGCCUGGAGAAGGAGACCGGAGAUUACGCCGGCUGGAUCAACAAUGGCGGCAUGUUCAUAUCUAGGAGUAAGGUGCGAACAGAAGAGUACAUGCGACUGCACACACUCGGCAAGGCCAUGGGGAUACCCAGCGAGGUGCUUGCGCCCAAAGACGCACAGAAACUCUUCCCUCUUCUGGACCCGUCGGUUUUCAAGAUGGCGCUCUACUCGCCGCAAGACGGCACUAUCGAUCCGUCCAUGGCUUGCAACGCACUGGUCAAAGCGGCUACUAAGAAUGGAGGAAAGGUAUACGAGGACUGCCCCGUCAUAGACGUACACUACGCUCACAACAUUCUGGGUAACAAGGAGGUGACGGGGGUACACACUGACAAGGGCUUCAUUAAAACCAAAUGCGUGGUUAACUGUGGAGGUGCGUGGGGUCCCCGUAUCGCUCGUUUCGCCGGCAUCCCCUCCCUCCCGCUAAUACCGUUCAAGCACGCGUACGUGGUGUCCGACGCCGUGCCUGAGAUACGGAACUGCCCCAACAUCAGAGACCACGACGUGAGCCUGUACAUCAAGAUACAGGGCGAGACCUGCCAGAUAGGCGGAUACGAGAACAACCCCAUUAUAUUGGAUCAGGUCCCAGACAACAUCCAGUUCCAUCUAUACGAGUUGGACUGGGACGUGUUCAAUGUCCACAUGCAGAGCGCCGCCAACCUCUGUCCCAAGUUGGGCACAGUGGGCAUCAAGAGUACCGUAUGUGGGCCGGAGUCCUUCACGCCAGACCACAAACCACUGCUGGGAGAGGAUCCUAACUUGUUCGGUCUAUACCACAACUGCGGCUACAACUCUGCGGGUAUGAUGUUCUCUGCCGGUACGGCGAUACAAAUGGCUGAAUGGAUCAUAAGCGGAAGACCGCACUACAACAUGUUCACAUUCGACAUAGCCCGCUUCACUCAAGGUCAGAUGUCACGUGCUCACUGGGUCCGAGAGAGCAGUCAUGAGGCGUACGUCCGCAACUACAGCAUAGUGUUCCCUCAUGAUGAGCCGCUGGCCGGGAGAGACUGCAGCCACGAUGCUCUACACCAAGAGCUGGUGGAAGAUGGAGCGGUGAUGCAAGUGAGGGCUGGCUGGGAGAGACCUGGCUUCUACCUGCCGGGCGAGAAGAUCAGAGUGCAACAGUACGACUGGGGCGGUACUAAUGAUUACCCGAGAAACCUGGACCAGCGAUACGAGGACGUCGUCAAGGGCGACUACACCUUCGGCUUCUCCAAACAUCACGACCUUAUCGGCAAAGAAGCCCUAGCUUGUCGGAAUGCAGCGGCUAUGUUCAACAUGUCGUACUACGGCAAGUUCUACCUCACGGGGCCGGACGCGCAGCGCGUCGCCGGCCUCGCCUUCACCGCCGACCUGGCCAACACCGAAAACAAGGUGGUAUACUCUCUACUAUUGAACGACAAGGGCGGUGUGGAGGCGGACCUCACUGUCAGCAUACUGGACGGCGGCAGCGGACAACUGCACGAGCCCAUAUUCAAGGGUCGAGGCUACUACGUGGUGACGAGCGGUUUCAGCGCGAACCACGCGUGCGCGAUGCUGCGCCGCGUCAUACAGAAGUACAAGCUGCGAGCCACCAUCACUGACGUCACCAAGCAGCUCGCUAUAUUGUCUAUUAACGGACCUGACAGCCAGCGCAUCCUACAACGCUACACCGACGCCGGUCUAUCCAACGACGCGUUCGCGCUCAACACGCACCGCAGCAUCCGCAUAUACAAGGCGCCCAACUCCGACAACAAAACUUACACGUGCAGAGCCCUGAGAGUCUCCUGGUCUGGGGAGUUGGGCUGGGAACUCCAUAUUCCCUCAUCACACGCUAUACAAGUAUACAAGUCGUUGAGUUCCGCUAAGGGACUGACUAACGCUGGUUGGAGGGCGCUAACGUCGCUUAGUGCGGAAAAAGGCUACCAUCUAUGGAACAGUGAUCUGCGAACAGACGACAACCCGAUCGAGGCUAACUUAGGAUUUACUUGUCGUAAAGGCGGUGAAUACAUAGGAAAUGAACAUGUCACUAAAGCCAGAACUAAUGGAGUUACCAAGAAAUACGCAUUCUUCACAUUGGACGAUAAGGUUGCCUUAUUCGGGCAAGAAGCUAUCUACAGAAACGGAGAACCCGUAGGUUACCUUCGGAGAGGAGAUUACGCUUACCACCUAGACUGUCCAAUAGGCAUAGGAUACGUCAACAACAAAGGAUCUAUCGUCACUAAAAACUACCUCCAAGAGGGCCAGUACGAAAUCGAAGUCAUGGGCAAGAGAUACAAGGCGAAGCUUCACCUGAAAUCCCCAUUCGAUCCCAACGGUCAAAGGCUGCUGGGAAAUUAUGGCAACCUCGGCAUGGAUGAAAACACCCACGAGCCGCACGCGGGACAAAACGAAAAAUCCGGUGGCGUCGAGUGAAUUCGUUGAUCUCAAUAAAUAGUACUAAAUCA